AUGUUUCAAUGGAACUGCCGUCUCGCCUGUUCCAAAGUUUUCCUUUCUCUUCAUUCUCGUACAGUUUUUCCUUUCUUCCUUUUUUCCCCUCAGAUUUCAGGCUUUCUUUCUUUCAGGAUUAUAGUUUGCAAAACUGCGGACUUGGCGGUUUUUCACGAAGAAAAAACACGUCAAUUUCAUUUUUUUAUUUCUCAUGUGUGUGGUGUGUGUGUGUGUGUUAUGUGUGUCGGCUGUGGAUUAUUCUCUCUUAUGUUUGUUUUCUUUGCUUCUUCUUCCGCUUCGCACGCGUGCCAGAGACAAGAGCUCGUAAGUGGUAUGGGGUGUGGAGUUUUUAAAUGGAAGAAGGGAAAGGCGUGCUGUUUGCGCACGUAUCGGUUUUCGGUUUGUUUGUUUUCUACAUCAAAUAUCACUCGCAACGGACACCUUUUUCUUUUUAGCUUCACCGUAACAACAAAUCACCAUUUAAAAGCGACUGUCUUGUUUUUUUCUUUGUUAUGUCUUGUUUCUUUUUCCCCUUUUCCUAGGUCAUCCUUUUUUUGUUUGAUUGUUUUUUCCCCCUUACGCCAAGACUCUAUGGUACGAUGUUUCUCUUUUUGUUUCUCUCUCUUGUUCGCGCUUUGCACGCCAUCUGCCACACUACGCGGUGGGCGACGGCAUUGA